AUGGACGAUAUAACCAUACCAGGUCUGAGUCCUCAAGAGUCCUAUAAAUACCUUGGAGUGCAACAAGCCCUGGACAUAAAGACCACUGAGAUGAAGGGUGUGUUCAGAGAGAAGUUUCUGACCAGACUCAGAAAAGUGCUUCAAAGCAAGUUGAACUCCAAGGCAAUGUUUAAUGCAAUCAACAUCUGGGCCAUACCUUGCAUAGAGUACUCAUUCGGAGUGAUCAAAUGGUCCACUUCAGAUCUACAAGAUCUAGAUCGAAAAGCACGAGCCCUCCUAACCAGGCAUGGAAUCCACCACCCGCAUGCCUCUGUUAACAGACUGUACAUCCCGAGGCAUGAAGGCGGCCGAGGACUGAAGAACUUGGAAAUAGUACAUAACAACACAGUUUCGAACAUGAGAGAUUACCUUCUUUCCAAGCGCUCACCAUUCAUCCAAGCCAUAUGCCAGGAGGACGAAAACCUGAGCCCGUUGAACUUGGCUGGCCAACUGGAUCCGCCGCGAAGUACUCUUGAACAACUGUCCCAGGAAUGGCGUGGUAAGGCACUGCAUGGACGAUACCCUGGAAGCCUGGGAAAAAGUGAAAUUAAUAAGAGGGAAUCACUUACCUACCUGAGAGCUGGAUACUUGUUUCCCGAAACAGAAGGUAGAAUGGUCGCUAUCCAAGAUCAAGUGAUCCCCACAAGAUCCUACAUUGAAAACAUGACGGGACGGAACAUACCAACCGACAAAUGCCGAAAAUGCCUACAAGCGACCGAGUCCGUGCAACACAUAACUUCCUCCUGUCCCAUACUAGCACCAACGGACUAUACACAGCGGCAUAACGCGAUGGCAAGGGUAUAUCACCCGGCAAUUGCCAAGAGAUGUGGGUUGAUAAGAAAUUUGAAAAAACCAUUUGAAUACCAUCCGAUCGGUGUUCUGGAGAAUGAUAACUUCAAGCUCUAUUGGGAUACGUUCAUCCACACAGACAGGCCCAUUAAACACAACAGGCCAGAUAUCAUGCUUUUCAACAAAAAAGAACGAACAGUUGAAAUUGUAGAUAUAACAAUCCCUGCCGACGACAAUGUAUAUAAGGCGUAUGUUGAGAAGACAACCAAGUACCAUGACCUGGCCUUCGAAGUUAAGACUAUAUACAACCUAAAGUCAACAGCCAUACUACCGCUGAUAAUUUCGACGAACGGAUUAGUAGAAAAACAUCUGGUUGAGAAUACUGUCAAACUAAAACUGGAUGUGGACCUCAUUAGUACAGCCCAGAGGAAGGUCAUACUAGCAAAUGUUAGAAUAGUACGGAAGUUCCUUACAUCUAUCUGA